UUGCCAAGGCAAGCCGCAGUUGCUAACCUCCAAAAACAGCAGCAGGAGCCCCAAGUGACCACCCACCAGUAUCAACAAGCCAGCGAGCAUUUCUUGGCGCAGGCCAGACAGGAACUCGCCGACGCCGACCUCCCGCAGGCAUCCGAGAAGGGAUGGGGCGCCACGGCCCAAAUCCUCAAGGCGGUCGCCGAGCAGCGCGGCUGGGACCACAGCCGGCACCGACACCACCUCGUCACCGUCAGCCGGCUCCGGGCUGAGACCGGAGCCGGAGACAUACGCCGCCUGUUCAACACCGCCAGUGCCUUGCACGAGAACUUCUACGAGAACACGAUGCAGACUUUUGAAGUCGCAGAAGGGCUCGACGACGUCGAGGCCUUGAUGGACAAGCUAAUACCUCUACUGAGCCAGACGGAGUCUCGGCCACUCUGA